ACGAUUGGUAGUUGCGUCAACUCACUUCAGUUACCCCCACUUAUUCUGCGUUUGUCCCACUGAGCAGAAGUCAGGAACAGGAACAAAUAAUGUUUCAAAAUCUCCUAUUACUCCAGAAUAUUGAUAAAUGUUAAAUUUUGAAUAGCAUAGUCUUCAAAUUAUUUUUGUAGAAAACUCUUUUAUUUGGUUUAUUGAUAUUCUGGAAAACUUAAGGUAUUAGUUCUGACAAUGAUUGCCCACUUUAGAGCAGUGUAGGAUAAAAAAAAUCACUGUUUUAGUUGUUGCUGUGGAAAGCAAGCCGGCAAAAAAAAAUGGUUUCUACAAGACAAAUGACAAUUGGCGGGGGUAACUCUGGCAGUGGAGACGAGUCCACAAGUUUUGGCCCAGCCAGAUACACAAGGUCUGGAAGUGGAAGUGGAGAUGAAUCCGCUGGUCCAAGCACUAGCAGAUACACAAGAACCAGCAAUGCAGCUGUGGCAGGCUCAAGCGGAAGCAGAGCAAUCACCCAUUCACGUAACAUCUUGGAGUUGCCCCAAGAAAUCUUAGAGAAGAUUUUGAAGCACCUGUCAUUCAAGAAUAUUUGUCAAGCAAGAUUGGUAUGUCGUACCUUCGAUGCAGUUUGCGCUCAUAUCCUGAACUCAACGUUCUCCAGGCUUCAAAACCAGACGCUUCAGAGAUUCCAAGAGAUCAAGAGUAAGAUGCCGAGAAGGGAGUCUGCACGCAGGACCCACCACUUGGCCUGCGAAAGCGACAUAAUCGAGACGCUGCACAUGCGCCUCACUCUCAUGCAGAUGUCGUUCGGCAAGCAUAUCGAAAGGAAGCACUGCUGUUUCUUCCCUGGCGAGAUCUUGGACGAGGUCUACCACAUCUUGCAUUACAUCAAGGUCACCCCGAAGUUGCAUAGACCAUACAAGGUCACGGAUGAACUGUUCGACCUGUCCACUAUGGCUAUGGAAUACUUCAAGGAAAAGAUAGAGCCAGAUCUGCCGGAAAUUGCUUAUUUCGGUUCGGAGUUCUUCAAUUUCUCCAGCAGCUUUCCAGUGUCAAGUCCUCAUCCGUUGGACGCCUCACCAAUGGGGCCCGAACAAUCGAAAGAUUUAAGCAACAGCUCGCAUGAUGAGAUGGAGGUAGAGAACAAGGUUAAACCCCAGGCUAACAUGGUUUUAAGGAAGAGGAUCAGGAUAAUAAAACAAGGCAUGAAGAGAUACAACAGCCAGUUGUCUCUCCUCCGUCAAGAUCUCAGAGCUUGCAAAAGAAAAACGGCGGAACAAGAGAAACAGAUUGCGGAUCAACAGAAACAACUAGCCGAGCAGCAGCAACAGACCCUAGAGUACGCCGCACGUCUGGACGAGUACGACAAGAAGAAUGAAGAGGUCUCGAGGAAGUUCAGCACCUUGCUGCAAGAGCUGAAUAAGUGCAAGACGGAACUGCAGUACUGGCGUUCAAAGUCUCCUGCCAUUCCUCCGUUCUGUACUGGUUGUGGUAAUCCGAUCACUUACCAUCAGGAAGAAUUGAAAGCCUUAGUUAAUCAGGGGGUUGAUCCUGAAGGUUUAGGCUUCGAACCUGUGUCAGAUUUGGCGACUGUGAAAGUAGAGAAUGCAUCAGAAUGCUGCAAAGGUGAGGUGGAACCUGAAUUAGAAGAAAUUCUAAAGGAAGCACAGCUACCGCCCGCCAAAUCGAAAGCAACAACAGAAGCUGUUGCAAAUAUAGAAGCGACGCCGAGUGCCAGCACUACCGGCACAUCUGGAACUGGGCACAGAAUGAAGAGGAAACUCGGUGAUGUCGAAGGGGGCACCAGUACCAAAGGUAAAAAGACCAUGAGACGUUCGAAAGUACGUGGAAAAAGAUUGUACAACCUGUAAGGCAGAAAUCUUUCAAUAAAAUAGCCACGGAAUGUUUGAGAUUGCUGAAAUUGCACUUUUCUCCAAAUUGAGGAAUAUCUUUAAGAUGUACUUAACAUCGUUGGUGGUAACCAUUCACAAUCCAUCUGAAUAAUGGAUAUUUGAAUCUGAAGGAUUGUGAUUGAUCGAUUAACUUCCAUCACGUCCUUCAGAAGACGUUUUAGCUUUGAUCUCAUUCAGCAUUAUGCUUUUCUUGAAUAUGAUAAUUUCGAAAUGAUUUUGUUCCAUUUCAAGAUGAGGAAAUUUAGUGGUUGAACAACCGAUAAAUUGAAAUUAAAAAUUUAAUUUAGUUAAUCAGAAAUUGAUUAUUGGAUAGUUUUGUAUAUUUAUUUGAUUUGAAAAUUUCAGUUAAAAUUUUAUUUAAUUUAAAAUUUAUUUGCAUCGAUGAUCGUUGAAAUGUUCAGUCCUCGAAGGAUUGCAGACAAUUUAUAUUUGGUUUCCGUUUUUUAUUACAUGAAUGAAAAUAUGCAAAAUUCUUAAUGAAACAAAUAAGUUAACAUUUUUCAUUAAAUCUUAUUUAUCCAUUUGUAUAUCCUACUCAGUUGAUUCAAAACUAUUAAUGUAUCCAAAUGAUACUUUAAUUGUUUGGAUAACUAACAAGUACUUUUCCUAUUUCGUUUGUUUUGUUUCAAUUGACCACUUCGAAGCUGAUUAAUUUGGUCUAAUUGGUGGAAAUUAAUCCAAUCAAAACUGUAUUUUGUGUCAUAAAGUGGGAUUUCGAAACCACUUCGUUGAAUUACUCUAAUCUGCCUAAAAUGUUUGCUUUUUCAUGCACUGCAAUGCAAGUAAAACCAAUCAAAUUUGAUAUAUCCAGACUGAAUACUUGGUAAACUCAUUGAAUUCUUUUUCACUUCAUUUUCCUAAAAAUUUUCAUUUCAAUUUGAAAUUUUGGACAAGCAAAAUCAUCAAAAUUGUAGGCUUCACAUAUUUGAAACUUAUGAAUUCCAUUUUCUCUGCCUAAAUUUAAUAGAAUCAUGAAAUAAAAAAAGAAUACAAAGGAAUUCAUUUUAUUUUCCUUAAUAUUUUCAUCAAAAUUUAAGAUGUGAGGUAAUUUUAGGCUUCUUAUUUAAAAUUACUUUUUUGUAUAAUAGACUUUAUAUGUCAUGAAAAAGUAAUUUUUUUCGUCUAAAUUGAAAAGAGAUCGUAAAAGCUAAAAUGCAAUUGAUCUGUUGAUUAGCGGCAUUUAUUUUCAGUUGAAAAGUUAUGUAAUAAAGGCAAAUAUUGCAAUUUUGUAUUAGUCUGGAAGUAUGGGUGGAAAAUAUUUCCUGAAAUGUCAUUUUGCAGAUUGACUUAACCAAAACUUUCCAUACAUGUUUCACGAAAUAAUAACUCGGAUAUAAAUGUUGGACACGUUGUUUUAUUUGCUUAGUUACGGGCUUUCUUAAAUCUAGGGUGAUAUUUUCUAAAACCUUGAUGGUAAGUUUUGGUUAAUGCAGCCUGUAUUGGCUUUCAAUGCAAAUGAAUCUUCUGCGAUUCAUAAUUGAAUUGUAUAUUUUCAAUUAAUUGACUAAUAUUUAGUUGAGUCUUUUGUAAAAAAAAUGGAGUACUGUAAUAUAAAUUUUAUUAAAGGUAAUAUGAACGAAUUUAUUAAAUUUAUCAUUGUCAGAGCAGGUGUGCUACAACAAUUCAUUUUGUGGAGUAUUGAAUGUUUCAUGUAAUAUAAUGAUUAACCACAAUAAUUUUUAAUUUUGUAAUAGGUUCUCAAGAAGUCAAAAAUGUUAAAAAACUGAUUCUGAAAGUUCAUACUUUCAAUGAAAUUAUGAUAUCUUUGCACUCGAUUUGUAUUUUGCAUUGGAUGGCUGCAAUAUUUUUUCUGUUUUGCGGAAAAUUGCUUAUGUUAUGUGCAAUCUCAUUUUUAUGUUCAUGUGACAAACAAUUGAGAACCAAUUUACAUAUAUUUUGUUGUAUAUAGUUUGCAAUAUUUUAUGUAAUUUAUUUCUUCUGUACUCAAACAGUUAAACUUAGUUCUGAAGGAACUCUAUGUUGAUUUUUGAUUCAGACAAAUCUGCGAAUAAACAUAUUUUUCGUAAUUAGUGAAUAUAAAACUAAUAUCAAAGAUGACUAUAUCAAUAAUGUAGUAGUAAGCUUCAUAACUUUUGUUGCAUAACAGAUAUUAUUUAACUACAAGUUCAUAGCAGUUAGAUCUGUGAGAUUUUGUAUCAUCAUUGAUUUUGAUGAAAUUAUGUUCGUUUUGUUAUAAGAGUGGAUUUUCUUUUUACAUUUACAAUCAAACUAGAUGUGAACACAAAUUAGAUGAUAAAAAUUUAAAAAUUUUUGAAAAAAAUCUAUUUUCAAAAUUGAUAUGUGUACUAUUAUAUGUAUCUGACGUAGGUACAAUAAAAAGUAAUUUGUGUGAAUUUA